AUGGAGUCGGAGCAGCAAUUCGAUCCUGCCGCCAUACUGGGGUUGGCAGAUGCUCCUCAGGGCAGCUCCAGUCAACGCUUCAACGUCUUCGAAUGGCACCCGCACUACCAGAACUGUCAACGGUAUUUUCUUGACCACGCCCAACAUAGUGGCCCCGUCCAGGCGCUCUCGGCCUUUCUCAAUAUCCAAUUGCCUUUUCAACGUCAUCCGCAUCCCGUGCACAGCGCCUCCGCCCCCGAAUCCGGUCCGUCCGUCGACGAGCAUGCCGCGUCCGCUGGCCCUUCCUCCACGUCGAAUCCGCCCCCCGCCGUCUCGCUGAUCCCCUACAUCCGUCGUCUCGUCGCUACCGGCAUGGACUUCCCUGGCGUACUGCAUGGAUUCUUUGGCGACGACUGGGGCGACGGCGUGGGUCUGCUGCACGAACAGGAGCGCCGCAAUUACCUCUUUGCUGCGAAAAGCGGCGGGUGGGCGGCCGUCAAAAAGGACUAUGACAUGCCGCCGCUCGAGACAAUCCCCUUUCUCCGUCCGCUGCAGGGACCGCUCGAUUCCGAGAUCGAAGCCGCCGAGAGGUGUUGGAGCGAAUGGCUGGCCAUGGAGGAUUGGAUGGUUGGGCCGCGGGCGCCUGAUGUGCUGCGAGAUUCGUCCUCCAUGUCGCGACCGCGCAGUGCUCGGGGGUGA